CAAUGGUAGAUGUGGCGAGAUUGUGUGUCUUUUUGUCCGUUGUUUCAAUGGCUCAGUCUUAUUUCUUUGGAAAGUCAGAGUCCUUUCCCUCUCUAGUUCUUCUGUCUUGUAGUUUGUACAAUGUAGUGUGUUUGCACGUACAUCCAGUAGCUAACCUUUCGCUGACUGCUCUGGCUUUGUUGUACCGCUAGUGUAUGCUACCACUGGAGAUUUCCUGCAGCUCUGCCUGUCUGCCUCUUGUUGUCUAUUUUACUCGUUUUGACCCGAACAAUAGCCGCUAUAGCUAGCUGGCAAGUAAGUAUAGGGCACGAGCUCUCUAUUCUUGAAAAUGGCCGAGGAAAGCCCGGCAUAUGUGAAUAGACGGCGAAAGGAUGAUCCAGGACAUAUUGUAACAUUGUUUCUCAAGCAAGACUUGUUGGAAGACCUCCGACGCCUGCGAACAGAUGCAGAUGAUUUGACAUGGAAUAUGCUGGCAGAGGAAAUCGCAGCUGCCCUGAUGAUAUCACCGAUUGACGUUGUGAUAUGGGAUCUUCUAGAGGGCAACGAUUCACUGGAAAUUAGCAUCCCGGCAAGAGCAGAGCACCAGCUCUACAAGUUUCUACUACCGCAGCCAUGCGAAAGCCUUCGGAAAAUCGGCAUAAUCGGUGCAGAAUUUGGCGAACAGAACAAUGCAGUAGAGGCUCUUGACAACUUGAGAGAAGAGUUCGGGAGGUCCGACUCUGAGCUAGUCUGUAUCUAUCUCUCAGACAGGUCCAUGGCUCACUUUCUUCCGCACAGAAAGGCACGACUGGCGCUCAUUGGUGGAGCUAUGUAUAACGAGCGCCAAGCACCAGCUUCAGCUACUGAUAAAUACCGUUUACUUCGUUGUGUUCCAUACAAACAUGGGAUUCGUCUAAUCUUACUGGUCGAGCAGGAGGCACACCGGCGUCUUUGCACUGCCCUUGCAGACAACUACCGCAGUGUUGCAAGUACCGGCGUAAUACGAGCAGUUGUGAGAGGAGUGAAGGCCGUCGCACUGGGGAUGAAUGAUGUUAAGAAAGAAAAUGAUGUGAAGAAAUCUCGUGACCCAGAUAAGCCAUUACCGACACCGGACAAACCAGACCAGGAGCACGAGACCUGGCUUUCAUGGGUCCAUCUGAAGCGGAAGCGAGGCAUUCAUCGUGGGCCAUCCAUCUAUUUGGUCCGUGGAAAAGACAAGGGAAAGGCAGCUUGGCACUAUGUGCAUGUCAACGACUCCUUGCUGAGUGAAUUCCUGGAGAAGACACGUGGUGGGUCUCUUGACGUAGCGGACUAUGGAGAGGUGCUUGCAUCCGGGUGGGGGGAAGACCCUCCUCAGGACCUUGCCGAUAGCAUUGACAGAGACUAUGCGUAAACUAGGAAAUUGGGCUUCGCAUGGUGUUGUGGCAUGUCAUCUCCUCCAUCAGAAUUAUUCGUCCCGCAUGUUUCUUUUCUCUCCACGCACACAAUUUAGAGUAUUCUUCGAGAGCGAGAGAGAGGGUGGGUGUGCUAGUUUUAUGGCUUCGUAUCAGUAAUUGUAAAAACAAUGUCAAGACAUCUCUUCUGCUAUUGACCGUACCUGGCAGAGAAUAUAGAAGUCUUGCAUACUAUUUUAUCGGUAUUUGCCUACUUCACGCAAAGAAUUGUUUCGUUAUAUUUAUAUUUGUUAUUGAGAGUAUUCGGCUCUAUGGCGUCAUGUAGCUACUUAGUAGCCUAGCUGACAGUGGUAAUGUUAAAAUAAUUGCAUAUGCUGUCCCCCUUGAAUUCGGCGGAUUGCAGAUUUCCGCAGAAUCCAGUAGUGUCCGCAAAAUUUAGAAAAUCCCGUGAAACCGCUGCUAGUCCUGAAAUCUAUACAGUCGCCGCAUUCAUACACAGCUUUCCAUACAGCGCUUUUGCAUAGCACUACAAAAUCCAUCAACAUUUCUCCUGGCAUAAAUACCGGCAUGGCCAAUAGCAUCCUCAUGUUGCCUGAAGAUUGCGUAAGCAUGAAACUCAGAGUAGCGACAAACUAGCUUCACCCUUGUUGUUCUGUGUAUAAGUGGAAAUGUAUAUUUAUUCCCGUAGCUAUGCAAAAGACGAUACUUCAGUAACAUCUGGUGCUAGCCAGGGUCCACACA